GUCACACUGCUGAUCGCCUUCAUCUGCGUGCGGAGCAGCUCCGUGUGGACUGACUACAGCGCCUACAGCUACUUCGAAGUGGUGACCCUCUGCGACCUGAUAAUGAUCCUCGCCUUCUACCUGGUCCACCUCUUCCGCAUCCACCGCGUCCUCACCUGCAUCAGCUGGCCCCUGUCGGAACUCCUGCAUUAUUUAAUCGGUACCCUGCUCCUCCUCGUCGCCUCCAUCGUGGCCGCUUCCAAGAGCUACAGCCAGAGCGGACUGGUGGCCGGCGCGAUCUUCGGGUUUGUGGCCACCUUCCUGUGCAUGGUGAGCGUGUGGCUGUCCUACAAGAUCUCAUGCGUGCCGCAGGCAGCAGAUGCAGCCGUCUGACUCCAGGCCUUGGCAGGCUCUGCAGGACAUGGACCCGGACAGGAGGCUGUGGCCAGCAAGGCUCUGGACGCGUGUUCCAUGCCAAAGCCCAGCUCGGGCUGGGCCCCAGACAGAGGACUGCACCUCCUCCUGUGUUUCCAGGAUGCUGUUCCCUGAGCUCCUGAGCUGGCUGGAGCCACAUGCCCAGGCUUUCUCUGGAGAAUAUUCCUCCUCCUCUGGGAAAGGACAGCAGCCUCGAAGGGACUCUGGCUUCUCUGUCCCUGCUUUUAGAGCCACCUCAGGUACCAACCCUCCUUCACCCAGUGGAGGGUUCCUGAACAUUCCUGCAUAAAACUGCUUCGCGUGCACAGUCUCAGGGGAGUGAAGCCGCUGUGAGUCCUCCACGGGAACAAAGCCACGCCCUAUUUAUUGAGCUUGUCCACGCGGUCUUGAAGAUGCCCUCUUCCGUCAUGGGGCGGGCCUGUAGGAACACUAUGUGGUCACCCUGUCCCCGAGGAGGGGGUCACGCACCUCCUCUUCCUGUCUCUGCCUCUGCCACCAGCCUAUGUGUGUGGGUGGGUUUUUUAAUAAAAUAUUGACUUAGCCAGCUGCA